AUGAGGAUGCUUGCCUGUGCCCUGCUCACGUGCUUGACCUUGACUGCUGGGGUCAGUGCACGUGUUGUGUUCCGGCCUGAAGGCUUUGUCAAGCUGCCAGACGCUAAUGGAGCCUAUGUCCUGAACGCAGGAACUGCUAACAAAGCUGCUUUCGAUCCUGUCAACAAGCUUCUCUAUGUCGUAGGUCACAAUGCAGAUGUGAUGAAUAUAGUAGAUAUGAGACAGAGCCUUACCAAUCCCAACCACGGUCGGGUCAUCAAGUUUGACGGCGUCAACCAAGGACUGCCUAAUGACGUCAAGGCAAGUGAUCUAGGUUUUGUGUUUUGAUAGAUUAUAAGUGUUGAUAAAAGGAAGAACCUAACAUAGUUACACUUGUAUCUGUAUUCUCAUGGAUAGUUCUAUUGUAUUUGUAUGGCUCUUUUCGUGACAUAAAGACUACUAUGUUCUCGUUUUCUGAAGUUUUUGCUUUCUUUGAUUUGGAAAUAACAUGUCAAAGAAUGUGAAAAUAAGUGUAAUCAUCUAUAUACUAAGAGUGUGCCAUCCUGAAUUUGAAAGCUCAAAUCUGCUCCUGAAAAAAACAAUUCUUAUGUUCUUUUUUCAUUUUAAAAAUUCUAGAACGUACCUCUCUCUUCUCGCUCCAUGCUAAUUUUGAAGGGCCAAACUUGUAAACAUUAGCUUUGAAGGACAUAAUACUAACGUUAAAAGUAGUCAUCUUCGCUCUGACGGACAAU